CUCAAUCGUAACUUCCGUAUAUUGCUUUUCAGGAAAUGAGUCUUAUGACAUCAAUCCUGUGACACCGCUGUGUGUUUUUGGUUUGAGAAACGAAUUGCACUGAAAACUCCACAAAAUGAAUUGAUCGUAUGAUCAUAACAAGAGCAUGGAGAAUGAUGAAUUUCCGCCAGCGGAUGGGAUGGAUAGGUGUUGGACUGUACUUAAUGGCUAGUGUUGCUGGGGUUUAUUAUAUAUUUGAGAUCAGCCAAACAUACAACCGGCUUGCACUAGCACAGGUAGAGAAGGCACCUGGAUCACAGACAAAAUGGUCAGGAGAUGCUUCAUCCUCAUCCCCUUCUUCAACCUCAUGGACACUUACUCUGAAAACAAGACUUCUCCUCUUGCCCUUCUGGGUGUGGGCCACCAUUUUCCUUGUACCUUACCUCCAGGUCUUUCUCUUUCUUUAUUCCUGCACAAGGGUGGACCCAAAGACUGUUGGAUACUGUAUUCUGCCCAUCUGCCUUGCUGUUCUCUGCAACCGUCACCAAACCUUUACCAAGGCCUCCAAUCAGAUCAGCAGGCUGCAGCUGAUUGACACCUAAAUUGUCCAAGAUGUGGGAUUGGAUCUUGGUGCCAUACACUUUGGUGUCUUAGGGGUUUGGGAAAACAAAAGUGCUUUUUUAAGCAAAAUAUUGCAUUGUCUGUACACACUUGUUCAUGACUUUAAGGAUUUGGCUACAGGCAUUACAUGGAGGUUAAGGGUUUGCUGUCUUUGUUAAGGGGAUUGUUUGUUUUUCCUUUUGGGGAAAAAAAGAUUUUUCAAGCCAUACGAUGGUUCAACACCAUUUUUUGUUUUUGUUUGAACUGCAUCUUCAGUGCAAAAUCAGUGUGACUUAAGUUAAAGUAGAUUUAUAACAGGAUCCAGAAGUACUUUCCAAGUUUCCUAUGUCUAAUGGUACUUUUAAAAAAGGUUUUGCCUCAAUUAAACUGAAAUAAUAUUUUAAUAUUUUCUUUUCUCAAUCAAGCCAUGGUCCGAGAUGUCACCUAGAAUUUUUGCAGUUGAUUUUACACUAAAGAUGGAAGCUGAAAUGUUUUUGUCUGACAGUGAUGUGGGUGUAAAAUGCUGACAGGAGUGCAUGCUAAAUAUUUAGAUAGGAUAUGGACAAUGGAUUAAUUGUGUCACUAUAGUUUCUUGCUGUUCUAUUCAACUCCAGUGGUUAUUAUUUAGUGAACAUUAAUGUUGGAAAACUAGGACAACUAACAGAACAAACAGUAAAAAUUGGUGCCACGUACAGGUGUUAAAUUCGUUUUUUUUUUUCAAAGUUGUCCAUGUUUUUAUUGGUUGUGAAUGUAGAAAACAGUACUCAAAUAGGGAGCAACAAAAACAAGAUGUUUCUUAUCUGUGAUGAAUACAGAUUAAUAAAUGUAUUUUGCCUUCAAUGAUGACUUAUGGGAUGCUCCAGACAUGGAAAGGGAGUAUUUUUCUCCAUCUCUUCAACUUGUGUUUGACAUAUUGUAACUAUCAUGGUUCAAACAAUGGAAGGCAGUAAAGACGAUUCUAAAUAUCCAUGCUUGGGUUUUGGAAAACAAGUUAUACAUGUCUGUAUGGAAUAUUUGUGCUCUGAACAUCAUGUCUAAUUGUAGAGGGAUAUCUCAAUCAUUUUACAGUCUUGUCUUGCAUAAGCAAGCAAAGCAAAGGUUAUUUAGACGUGCAGGGUGUGGUAGGUUGUAAUGAGUCAGUUGCAAACUUACCUAACCAUGUGUCUCAUGUCCUAAACCCUCUCUUCAAAAGCCAUUUCAGUUUGGCCUGUGCCAUAGACCCAGGUGUUUCAAUUUUCAACAUUACUGCUUGUUAGUAUGGAGACAAUGCUUUUGGCCAUGUCUGGAGAGAUUUCCAUCUUUGUUAAAAUGUUCAAAACAAGACACAUUUUUUUGUCUAAAAGGGCUUGUCUGUGACUUUAUAAUGAUAAUGUUUAACCUGUAUUGGUAAUGAACUUUCCAUUGCAAUCCUUGUACACUGUGAUUUCAAACAAGUCUGGAUUCUGACUAAAUGCAAUGUGCAGUGCAUAUUCAUUUGAAACCGUUACACUGACAUAA